CAAAAAAAUGUUAAAAAUAAUUAAAAGGACAAAUAAUAACAAAGAAAAUAAAAAUAAUUUUUGUUUAAUCCAAAAAAGGCCAAUUUCAUCAUUAAAUAAAAAUAGAAGAAAUUCUUUUUCAAUAUUUCCAUCUUCCCCUAAAUUAUUAGCUUUAUUUGCUAUUUUAUUUAUAUUUUUGGGAAAUGGAAUAUUCGAAAUUGUUAAUGCAAAUAAAAUAAUUGAAGAAGAAAAUAAUAAUUUAGAAGAACAAAAACAACAAUCAAAUAAUAAUAAUCUCUUCCAGGCAUACCUCAGUCGGGGAAUGUUUAGUUGUGCAACAAAACAUGUCAGCAUUCUUCAAAAAUUAAACAAAUUAAUUGCAACUGCCCAUCAAGAAUAUGCCGACUGUCAGGCUAAAAUGGACAAAAGCACAAAGUCAGUAGAGCAAUCAAGGAAAUUAGCAGCUCAGUUAGAAAUGAUUGGAGAUUUAUUUAAUGAAGAUUAA